AAAGCCAACACACAAACUGUUCUAUCCAUCUUCAUCUUCAUCUUCACUCAAACAUUAACAUUGAUCCAAAAUUAACUCAAAAGAAACAAACACAACACAAAGAAAACGUCCAUGGAGUCUGUGAUCUCAGAGCUAGAAGGAACCCUUUUGAAGAACCAUGAUCCUUUCUCUUACUUCAUGCUAGUAGCUUUCGAAGCCUCUGGCUUAAUCCGGUUUGCAUCCUUGUUACUAUUCUGGCCGAUCAUCAAGUUACUAGACGCAUGCGGGAAGCCUGACGUUGGCCUGAAGUUGGCCAUCUUUCUUGCCACCGCCGGAGUUCCCAUGUCAGAAAUUGAAUCGGUGGCGAGGGCAGUUCUACCCAAGUUUUACUUCGAUGAUCUUGAUUUGGAUGCUUGGAGGAUGCUUAACAUGAGUGAUCGAAGGGUGGUUGUAACCAAAAUGCCUAGGGUGAUGGUUGAGCGAUUCGUGAAGGAGCAUUUACGUGCUGAUGAGGUUAUUGGGACUGAGCUUGUGGUGAGCCGGUUUGGGUUCGCCACCGGUUUGGUUCAGGAUUGUGGGUUCGGUUCAUCUGUUUAUGAUCGUGUUUCAGCCAUAUUUGAAGGUCAGCAACCAAGCUUAGGGAUCGGAAUAUGUCAUUCUGGUUCUUCAUUCUUGAACCUAUGCAAGGAACAAGUAAGUGCACCGUAUAUUAUCAAAGACUACCAGAAGCACAGAACCCACCAAGAACUCCGCCCGGUGCCGGUGAUCUUUCACGAUGGCCGCCUGGUCAAAAGGCCGACGCCUUCCACCGCCCUGCUCAUCCUCCUCUGGAUUCCACUAGGUAUCGUCCUCGCAAUCAUCCGUAUCAUGGUCGGCGUUGUGUUGCCAAUGUGGGCUAUUCCUUAUGUGGCAUGCAUCUUCGGUUCCAAAGUCAUAGUGAAAGGAGUCCCUCCACCACCACCGUCUGCUUCCAACGGCGGUGUUCUCUUUGUUUGCACCCAUCGGAGUUUAAUGGAUCCUGUGGUUUUAUCCACCGUCCUCCAACGGAGUAUCCCAGCCGUCACCUACUCCAUAUCAAGAUUAUCCGAGAUCCUAUCACCCAUCCCCACCGUCCGUUUGACCCGCGUCCGCCACGUCGACGCCGACAGAAUCAAAAAGGAACUAUCCAGAGGUGAUCUUGUAGUUUGCCCAGAAGGUACAACUUGCAGAGAACCCUUUUUGCUCCGGUUCAGUGCACUUUUCGCCGAACUAACAGACCGGAUAGUUCCGGUGGCCAUGAACUACCGGGUGGGGUUUUUCCAUGCAACGACGGCAAAGGGUUGGAAAGGGUUAGACCCGAUAUUCUUUUUCAUGAACCCUAGGCCGGUUUAUGAGGUUACAUUCUUGAACCAGUUGCCGGCGGAGGCUACUUGCUCGUCGGGAAAAAGCCCACACGACGUCGCAAAUUACGUUCAAAGAAUCUUGGCGGCGACGCUAGGGUUUGAGUGCACAAACUUUACAAGGAAAGACAAGUACAGAGUUCUUGCCGGGAAUGAUGGAACGGUGUCGUACACGACGGUGUUGGGCCGGGUCCAGAAGUUGGGAAAAACCGUGAGGAAGGUGGUGGGUACAUUUAAACCGUUUAUUUUUAAUUAGUUGAUGGUAAUUAAUAAUAUGAUCAUAAUCGUGUGUUUUUUUACAUGUAAUAAUCUUCCCCUUUUUUACUAUUGUUCCUAAAGAUUUUUUUGUAUCUUAUUUUUACAUAGCAAAUUUAAUAAUAUUUGUGGAUUGAUGAUU